AUGCUAAAAUUUAGCACAUACAACUGUCUGAAAUCGUGUAUUAGGUCGCGAUUACUAUACUCAACGAGCACUCAAGUAGCUAAAAGGGUAAUCGGUAUCGAUCUGGGUACUACAAAUAGUGCUGUUGCAUAUAUCCGUGAUUCAAAUGAUAAAAAAUCAGCCACUAUAAUAGAGAACGAUGAAGGGCAACGAACUACACCAUCGAUAGUUGCCUUUGAUACUAAGAGCUCACCACAAAAUAGAGAUCAAAUGAAGACUCUUGUUGGGAUGGCAGCCAAAAGACAAAACGCAAUUAACGCUGAAAACACCUUCUUUGCCACAAAGAGGCUUAUUGGCCGUGCAUAUCAUGACAAGGAAGUUCAACGAGAUAUAAGUGUUAUGCCGUAUAAGAUUGUUAAAUCUGAAUCCAACGGCCAAGCCUACCUGAGUACGUCCAAUGGCCUUGUCCAAUCCCCGAGCCAAAUAGGAUCCAUACUACUGAAGUAUUUGAAACGAGUUUCAGAAGAAUACUUGGGGGAAGAGGUCAAGAUGGCAGUUGUUACCGUCCCAGCGUACUUUAAUGAUUCUCAAAGGCAGGCUACAAAAGACGCUGGGAAAUUGGCUGGGCUGAAUGUUUUGAGAGUUAUUAAUGAACCGACUGCAGCAGCUUUGAGUUUCGGGAUUGAUGAUAAGAGAAAUAAUGGGCUGAUUGCGGUCUACGAUUUAGGUGGCGGGACAUUUGACAUAUCGAUCUUGGACAUUGAAGAUGGUGUGUUUGAAGUUCGUGCUACUAAUGGUGAUACCCAUUUGGGCGGAGAAGAUUUCGAUAAUGUUAUCGUUAACUAUAUCAUAGAUACUUUUGUUAAAGAGAAUCCUGAAAUCACACGUGAAGAAAUUACAAAGAAUAGGGAGACCAUGCAGAGGUUGAAAGAUGUUUCCGAGAGGGCCAAGAUUGAUUUAUCUCAUGUGAAAGAAACCGUCAUAGAACUUCCGUUUGUAUAUAAGAGCAAACAUCUAAAAGUAUCAAUGACAGAGGAAGAGUUAGAUAAUAUGACUUCGUCACUAAUCAAUAGGACCAUCCCACCCGUGAAGCAAGCUUUGAAAGAUGCCGACAUCGAGCCAGAAAACAUAGACGAAGUGAUACUUGUUGGGGGAAUGACGCGUAUGCCCAAAAUCAGAUCUGUUGUUAAAGGGUUGUUCGGUAAAUCUCCAAAUUCCAGCGUUAAUCCUGACGAGACGGUGGCCCUGGGUGCAGCUAUCCAAGGUGGUGUUUUAUCAGGCGAAAUCAAAAACGUUUUGCUCUUGGAUGUGACACCAUUAACAUUGGGAAUUGAAACGUUUGGAGGGGCUUUUUCGCCGUUGAUACCUAGAAAUACAACAGUUCCAGUGAAAAAGACCGAGAUCUUUAGUACUGGGGUUGAUGGACAAACCGGGGUUGAUAUUAAGGUAUUCCAAGGUGAAAGAGGGCUGGUGCGUAAUAAUAAGCUGAUUGGUGAUUUGAAACUCACCGGGAUUACGCCUUUACCCAAGGGUAUGCCCCAGAUAUAUGUUACAUUUGAUAUUGAUGCCGAUGGUAUUAUCAACGUUUCUGCUGCCGAGAAAAGUAGUGGUAAAGAACAAUCUAUCACUGUGAUACCAAACUCUGGACUAAGCGAGCAGGAAAUUUCCAAAUUGAUUGAAGAAGCCAACGCCAAUAGGACUCAAGACAAUUUAAUCAGACAAAGGCUAGAACUGAUAUCCAAGGCUGACAUUAUGAUAAGCGAUACUGAAAAUCUAUUCAAAAGAUACGAGCAACUGAUCUCGAACGAAAAAGAGUAUCCCAAGGUUGUGGAGGAUAUCAAAUCUGUAAGACAAUCAAUAAGUAAAUUCAAAGCCAACGAAAACGACAUGUCAAUCGAUGUUAAUGAAAUAAAGAAAGCUACGGAUGCAUUACAAGGGAAAGCCUUGAAAUUGUUUCAAAACGCCACGAAAAAUCAGCAGAAGCAAGCGAGCAAGUAA